GCAAGAGUAUCAUUCCUCCCUCCUUAAUUUUCUGCAAUUCGUCUUAACUUAUUUUGUCAGCAAAAGCUCAUGGGGUCAAUUAUUUACGCAGUGUUUGUUUCUCUACUGUGUGUUUCGACUACUACGCAAGCCCAGUACGUUAACACAACAAUUCUUGAGAGUGCUGUGGCUGAGGGAGCUGUAUGUUUAGAUGGAAGUGCACCUGCUUUCAACUUUUAUCAAGGAACUGGCGCACGAGUUCGUCGUUGGCUUCUUCACCUUGAGGGGGGAGGCUGGUGUGACACCACUUCAAACUGCCUAACUCGUGCUGGACAAGUUUAUGGAUCUUCAAAACAAAUUCCUCCUCAAGCUUAUUUUACAGGAAUUUUGAGCAAUGACCCUGAACUAAAUCCUGAUUUCUAUGACUGGAACAAAGUCAAGAUUAGGUACUGUGAUGGGGCAUCUUACACAGGUGAUGUUGAAGAAGUUGAUCCAUCUACAAAUCUCCACUACAGAGGGGCAAGGAUUUUCAAAGCAAUCGUGCAACAUUUGUUAGCUAAAGGAAUGUACAAAGCUGAAAAUGCCAUACUGAGUGGAACUUCAGCAGGAGGGUUGGCUGCAAUAUUGAAUUGCGACAAGUUCAACAAUCUCCUUCCUCUAAGUGUUAGAGUUAGAUGCAUUUCUGAUUCUGGUUUUUUUGUUAAUGUAGAAACUAUUUCGGGCUAUCCACAUAUACAAGAGUUGUUUUACAGAGUUGUUAAAUUACAUGGGUCCGCCAAGAACUUGCCACAAGCUUGCGCUUUUGAUUAUGAUAAAAGCUUGUGCUUCUUUCCUCAGUAUGUAGCACCAUACAUGCAAACGCCACUUUUCAUCAUUAACUCGGCCUACGAUUCUUGGCAGGUGAACUACAGUUUUGUUCCCAAAUACGUUGACCCUCUAGGUGUUUGGAAUAACUGCAAGCAUCAUAUAAGUCAAUGCACGCCUAGUCAACUCCAAAUACUCGAUGAUUAUAGGCUGAAGUUUUUAAAGGCACUACAAGGAUUAGGACCAAGUUCAUCUCGAGGGUAUUUUAUAAUCUCCUGUCAUACCCACAAUAUCGUUGAAAGACAAAGCUAUUGGAUGUACAAAAAUUCUCCAACAUUAGAUAAUAAGAAAAUUGCUAAGGCUGUUGGAGAUUGGUAUUUUGAGAGGAGUGGAUUUCAGAAGAUAGCUUGCCCCUAUCCUUGUGGGUGCUCGAUCUUGUUCGACUAGUAUAGUAGAUGUUUUUUCUUUCUUUUUAUUUGGUUUAAUGUAACUAUGAGUCUGUGACCUACUCCUGUAAUUCAGUUUAAGAAAUAUAUAUUAGUCAUAGGAUUAUGGAUUAUAAAUAAAAUCACUAGAUUACUGUUUGCCCGAAAA